AUGUGGCAGUUGCUUGCUGCGCUUGCUGCUCUGCUUCCAUUGGGACUGGCUGAAGAGGGAUGUGGCCCCGGGCCAUAUGCCCUGUCCCCACCCUUCGAUCAAAAACACUCCGAAGAUGUCUGCAAGACUUGUGUAUCAGCAAACUGCCGGUGGUGUCCAUUCAGCCAGAGCUGCGCGCAUCCAUCCUCCUGGUUCAGCGGUCGUGAUAGCUCCUGCAUGAACAAGAACGAUUUCAAGCCCGUGGAAUCCGGCAACGGCUGCGGUGCGCCACCCACGGAAUGGAUGACCCUCUUAGAGUCGAACUAUGGAAAGGGCCUGUCUGCCUCGGGUGCCAACGGUGAUUUGAUGCGCUGUUUGCAGGGCCGUGUGGAAAGAUGGCAGAUGUGGCCUGAUCCUGAUCCACGCGCCGUCGACUGGGGCGAUGGAGAGCUCUCUGACUUCUCUUGCGCCUCUGCACUCAUUCGUGAAGCGGUGGUGGCCAGUUUGAGCACUGGGAGCAGCUUUAUGAAUUUCAUGCUCAACAACAGUGCAGAGCAGCUUGUCAAAGCACGUGCGUUGUCGGAGGGAUGGGAGGCCACGGAGCGGGAGACCAACUUCUGCGCGGUGUACAAACAAUUCUUCCCGAAAGAAUACUGCGAGGUGAAGACGUAUGGGGAGUACGACUUUUCGCAGCUGCGGAAGGCAUAUUCCUCAUACGCAAGUCAAGGAGGGGAUGUUCCUUCGGACUAUUCCAAUGACCUGAAGGACUCGUUGCAAAGGGGGCCUUUGCGACCCUCUGACCUGAAGAAGGAGGCGUUGUUUCUGACGACCUGGGACUUCAAGUACAGUCUACUCAUGGGCUUCGAAGAAAAAUCCAACCUGGAGAAGAUGGUGAGAGGCGACAAGGAAGCUAUACCACUGAAGGAUCAUUUGAGAUCCAACCCGUAUUCGUUGCUGCAAAGGGUCUUCAGCUUGGUUCAGAUCAAGAUCCUGAAAAAAAAAGAUGUCUAUGUCCUAGUCUUGGCCAAUGAAAACCAUGGCCUCGAACGGAAGAUUAGCCCUGAGAAGGUGCCGGCCGAGGGGGUGGUGCAGCGCUAUGACUUGAAGGGAAAGUCACGGAAGCAGACCAAGAAGUCCAUCAAUCCCUACGUUGGGAUCAAUGGAGACUUUACCGAACAGCAGCAGAAUGAGCUGCGCCUGCGAAAUUGGCAGUGCAAAAAUUUCCUGAAAUAUUUGCAGCCGGACCUUUCCUGGCUGGAAAGUCACGAUCUCACCGAGUACAGCCUUUUCGUAGAGGUGGCAGGUAACUCCGUUGGCUGUUCAGGUUUACCAAAGGUGCCCCUUUGCAACGCUUGUCUGGAGGAUACCACCACCCUGGCCAUCGUCGAUUACUUUAAGGACAAGACUUGGACUUCCACAUCUCCGAAGAAAUUCUCCGCACAGAUGAUGGAGUUUGCCGGGCAAGUGUGCCUUACAGACAAGAAGGAGGGCAUGGAGUCGUGGCAAGUCUUUCUGAUCGUCUUCAGCGUCGCCGUGCUGUUGGUUGGUGGCGCGUUCCUUGGGUGGAAGUACGGCGCGGGCUUCAUGCGCUCGGACCGUCCCCAUGAGUUGAGGGACGCCCCGCAAUCGAUGGAGAUGACGCAGCAGAAUCUGCACCAACAGGGGACCCAAGGGCCACCAGCUGGAUGGAACCAGGGCUGGAACCAGGGCUAUCAAGGAGCACCACCUGGCUACUAUAAUCAGGGUGCACCGCAGAAUUUCGCAUAG